AAAUCUUUGAUAACAAUGUAUCUUUCUCAUCCAGUUGCAAUAUUUGGUAGAAUUUUUAUUACCCGGUUUUAUUGAUACAAGCGGCCAAGUAGCAGAAAGCCCUGACAAGCUUCACGUUUUUGAGAUGGCAGUAAAUGAUGAUGAAGUCAUAAAGAGGCGACUGUUGUAUGAAGGCGAUGGAGGGAGUGAUGAUAAAAGAAUCAACAGCCUGAUGAAGACUUUCAUUCGGUGGUGCAAUUCUACAGAGUCACCGGAGGAAAAUUCUCUCGGGUACGAGAGAAUGAUGGCUUCUCUAACACAGUGUGAGUACACCAUGGAGAAAUCCCUGCUGGUCCACAACAUGAACACCAAGGAGCAGGAGAACUACAACAGACUCAGUCAAGAUAUCGAAUCCAAAAUCCAGGAAGCCACUGAGAAGAUUUCAGAGUGUAAAAACGAAUUGUCUCAGGCCAAACGAAUCCGCAAAAAUCGCCAAGAGUAUGAUGCGUUGGCACGAGUAAUUCAGCAGCAUCCAGAUAGACAAGAAACAACAAAGCAGUUACAGGGAUUAGACAAAGAUGUAUCCAGUCUGGAGGAACAGAAGAAAUCCCUGGAACAGAAGCUUGAUCUAAGGAGAAAACAGUUCCAUGUUCUGAUUGCAGCCAUCCACGAACUGGAGAGCAUUCUAGAGGAGGAUGAGACCAAAGAGGGUGAAGGGACUGAGAAAAUGGACACAAACUGAAAUGACUUGAGAUGUUGACAGUUCAUUUUUAUUCAUGGCAGCAUUUCUAAAUCCUAUGUACUAGGCCAAGUGCUUGUGUUCUUACUUGAUACUGUGAGAGGAGAAAAAUGGAAGGACAGAGCAGUAGUUAUAUCAAAAACAUGGGACAUGGAGCGUCAUUGUAACAGUUCUAGUUUUUGAGACCCAUAUUUCAUUAUAGUAGAAAAUAUCUCAUCAAUGCAUUUUUUAUAUAGACUUUUAUGAUUUUUUUCUUUAAGAAUAUUUUUUUAAUGUCAUAUUUAAAUGAUUGUUGAAAGUAUUAAACUUCAAACUACUGUACAUGUA